AUGACCUCCGCGCCCUUUUUCACGACUUCCGACCCUGCCACGCCCAGCAAAUUUGGACCUCGUACCGGAAGGAUCAGGCUGGAUCGUGGGGACGGGAGCCACGUUCUGGACACAGAAACACCUGCGCUGUUGAUCGCGACCUCUCGCGGCGUCGUUCCACACCUCACGCGAGACCAUGUGCAUCUCACGACCGCCAUUCGACACGUCCAACUCCCCUUCGAGUCAUUUCUGGAUAGGAAUCCCCCAGUCCCCACUCUGGUCGAAGGCCCGCACCCUCUCCACUCCUUCCUGGGCUAUCGGCCCGAAAGCCACGCGCUCAUACUAACGCUUCGCGACCCUUCCGACGGGCGGAAGAUGCCUCCCAAUGGCACCGACUUUGUAUCCGCCCAGUGUACUCGUGGGGUGCGCAAGGCGUCUCUAGCUGCAUGGAAGGAGUAUGCGCACAAAUGCAGCCCAGACCUUGUGGUGGCUCUUUCCGACACCCCCUUAACCCCUCCACCGCAUUCUCAGAAGCGCCUCACGAAGAGUAUAGAACGAUCGAUAGCUUGGCUCGCUGAGACCCUGAGGGAACCUUCACCCUCGCGCUCACGGCCACCACGGGUUCUCGUCCAUCUUGCCGGUGGCGCAAGUUCCCCAGCGCGAGCCGAGUUCUCUGACCGCUUGACGGAACGGAUUGAACUGAAAGACGCAGCCGGACUAGCACCGCUCGACACGCUCGACGACGGGGUCGCCGGGUACGUCUUCGACCUUCUACCCCUCCACAUGGCCAUCCUGGCCGACAGCGAGCAAGCAGACGCCCCGAACGCCUCUCUCGAAGACUUUGUGCACGUCAGCGACCGCCAACGUUCGUCUCCUCAGUCGUCGGAACGGCUCGUUGAACUUCUGCACGCGUCACUGUCUCCUCUCUCAGCGCAGAAACCGCGCAUUGUCAACUCCCCCGUCUCCCCUCACGAGAUACUGCGGCUCGUCCGGGACAUCGGCGUGGACCUUAUCGACAGCUUCUGGGCGCAACGCGCCGCAGACAUUGGCAUCGCGCUCGACUUCGCCUUCCCUGCCCCUUCACCCCUGCAGUCCGCGGAGGUCCCGCCCCCAAGAAUACGGGAAGCAGAGAAGCUCGACCUGGGCCACAACCUCUUCGACCACGCGUACGCGCACGAUCACUCUCGACUCGCCGCCACCUUCCUCGACGGGCGCGCCGCACAGGCUGGCACUGAACUUCCCGUCUGCCCGUGCGGUGCAUGCUCACCCCAAAGCCCUGCGUCGCGGCUCCUCCACAGCCCGGUCGACCACCUCGCGUGGGCGGACAAGCCUCCCGCGACGCUGCAGCCGCCGUUCGUGCGGUCGUACAUCCACCACCUCUUGCACACGCACGAGAUGUCCUCGCACACGCUCCUCACGAUGCACAAUAUGCAUGUGCUCGACGCGUUCCUCGCGGGCAUCCGCGCCGUCCUCGCCCGCCCGAACGGGAAGGAAGAGCUGGAUCGGGAAAUCAAGAUAUUCGAGCGCGCGUACGACGAAGGAAUGGCUCUGUGGGACGAGGCGGAGCGGGUGUGGCUUGAGGUUGAGCGUGCGCGAGGGAAGGGACGGCUGGCGAGAGAGAAAGAGAAGCAGGAGGCUUCGACCAUCGGGACCGCAGUAGAGCUGUGA